AAAAAAGCGCAAAAAUAAAAACUCAUUGGUAGGAUACAACUUACAAGUAUACAACCUCGUUCAAUAUUUCCAAGUCGACAAACGCCAUUCUCCCUCAUUUCCCUUUCUCUUUGUACUUAUUCAAUAGUAUUCACGGUAAGGCCGGCCGGACUCGCCACCAGACGACUACACCGCAAACUCGCAACAUAAUCAUUACUUGCCGGCUGCCGUUUUUUUCUCGGCUUUUCCCAAUUUAUCAGUUCAUGCUUGGUGUUGAUUGAGUUGUGUAAUGGACUUGAAUGCCUCACCAUUGCCAGAAGAUGACGAGGAGUAUUUUGAACAUAAUUUUGUUGAAGAUGUGGCACGCCAUGAUCUUAUCGAGACAUCAGUUCAAACACUUCGACGGGAACGAGAAGAAAGACGGGAACGAUUGAGAAGAGAUCCAAUAGAUGAUAGACCAACACGUGUAGCCCGACCAUUGGAACGUGAUGAAGGGCCUUACUUGAAGAAGUUGAAAUAUGAUAGAAACAAGCUACCCCCGGGUUGGCUGGACUGUCCGAAAUUUGGUCAGGAGAUAGGAUUUAUUAUCCCAUCUAAAGUUCCACUUGAUGAAAAAUUUAAUGACUGCAUCAGUCCUGGAAAAAGAUAUGCCUUCCGUCAAGUGUUUCAUAUGCUAAGAGUGAAGGGGAUUAAACUCGGUAUGAUAGUUGAUUUGACAAAUACCGAUCGUUAUUAUUCAUCUAGUGAGUUCAAGAAAGAAGGGAUUAAAUAUUUAAAGAUUCGGUGCCAGGGGCGUGAUUCUGUACCGGAUAAUGAGUCUGUAAAUAUAUUUGUCUUUGAGGUUGCACAAUUUAUAUUUAACCAUAAUGAGAGACAGCCCAGGAAGUAUGUAUUUGUCCACUGUACGCAUGGCCAUAAUCGAACUGGCUACAUGAUAGUUCAUUAUUUGAUGCGGACACAGCAAGCUAGUUGUGUUACCGAGGCUAUACAAAGAUUUGCUGAAGCUCGGCCUCCAGGGAUUUAUAAGCAAGACUAUAUAGAUGCAUUAUAUGCUUUCUAUCAUGAAACUAAAAGCGAUUUGGCUGUAUGCCCCUCUACCCCAGAAUGGAAGAGGUCCUCUGAUUUUGAUCUAAAUGGUGAAGCUCUUCCCGAAGAUGAUGAUGGAGUUCCAUAUACUUCAAUUAAUGAAACACAAGAGACUGCUGCAAGAAUGACCAAUGAUGAUGUGUUGGGAGAUAAAAUUCCUGAUCAACAAGAAUUUCAAUUGCGUAGAUUUUGUUGCGACAUGCUUAAGACUGGACAGGGGAGAAAUCUUCAGUUUCCAGGGUCACAUCCAGUGUCUCUUGACAGGGAAAACUUGCAACUACUACGGCAGCGGUAUUACUAUGCUACAUGGAAAGCUGAUGGCACAAGAUACAUGAUGCUCCUUUGCCCCGAUGGGGCUUACUUGAUUGAUAGAAGUUUUAAAUUUCGGAGGGUCCAAAUGAGAUUUCCAUGCAAAAAUAUGACUGAAAUUCACCAGUUUACAUUGCUUGAUGGUGAAAUGAUUAUUGACACUGUGAGUCCUCAGAAGCAGGAGAGAAGAUACCUGAUUUAUGACAUGAUUGCAAUCAAAUGUGUGUCCUUAGCUGAGAGGCCUUUCUAUGAGCGGUGGAAAAUGAUUGAGAAAGAGGUGGUUGAGCCCCGUAAUCAAGAGAGGCGGUCAAUGGACUUGCAUGGGAAGCCACCUUACAGAUAUGAUCUAGAACCAUUUAGGGUUAGAAGGAAAGACUUUUGGUUGCUUUCAACUGUUGGCAAGCUUUUGAAGGAUUUUAUCCCUCGUCUUUCACAUGAAGCUGAUGGUCUUAUUUUUCAGGGCUGGGAUGAUCCUUAUGUUCCCAGGACACAUGAAGGACUGUUAAAGUGGAAAUAUCCUGAAAUGAACUCGGUUGAUUUUCUCUUUGAGAUAGAAGAAGAUGGUACAGAAAAUCUUUAUCUCCAUGAUCGUGGAAAAAAACGAUUGCUGGAAAACAGUAGGGUUUCAUUUGGAGAUGAAGAUCCAUCUUCAUACAACGGUAAAAUAAUCGAAUGCUCCUAUGAUUCUGAGGAAGACUUGUGGGUUUGGAUGCGAACAAGGACUGAUAAGAACACACCAAAUGAAUUCAACACAUACAGAAAGGUUAUGAAAAGUAUCAAGGACAAUAUAACUGAAGACGUGUUGUUGAACGAGAUUCAAGAGAUAAUAAGCUUGCCCAUGUAUGCCGAUAGGAUUAAAAGUGAUAGCAGAGCCCAGAAGAAAGGGAAACCACCACCGCAAAGAAAGAUGUGAGGCGAACAAGACAGACGACAAUCUUUGCUGCCAACGACGGGUCAUCGAGUUUAGUUUGUGUCGCAGAAAUCAGUUGUAUAAUUAGGCAAAUUGGUAGCUUUGUAUAUUAUUUUAACAUAAUUGUUAGCGGAGGGACGAAAUCUUCGUAGUUAUAGAUUAGGGGAUGUAGUGAUAGGUUGGUUAUUUCUGUAUAUUGUCAUCAUAAGUCCUCCAUGGUUUCUCCUGCUUCUUUUUAAGUGUUGCCCUUCUAAUAUAAUGUCUUCAAAUUGA